UUGUUUUUCAGAAAAGAAAAACAUAUAUAUAAGAAAUACAGAGGUGUAUUGGUUGAAUGGGAGUGCGACUUCUCUAGCUAAAACCCUUCGCGUUUAAGAGUUCGGAUUGAGUUUUAGAUUUUUCUAUUUAAUUUGAAUUCUCUCUUGCAAGGUACCUUUGAACAGCCCUCUCUCUCUCUCUCUCUCUCGCUCUCUGUGUGUUUCACUCUCUGUUGGUCUCUGUUUUCGCGUUGAUAACCUAACCCGACUCAUUCUCUUGAGCUACUGUGUGCGUGCGUGGGUGCGUGUGCCGUGUGCGUGCAUUCUAAGAAUUUUCAGAAUCUCUCUCUCUCUCUCUCUCUCUCUCUCUCUCUCUCUCUCUCUCUCUCUCUCUAUUUGUGUGUUUGCGUAUAUAUAUACACAUUCAAAUUGGAAGAGAGUAGGUUGAUUUUCGGGAGUUGGGUAUUUAGCGAUCACGAGCUGUGAGGCCGGAGGUGGGUAUUGCGGUUCGUGGGUUUGGUGUUUGCGGAGUUGGAGAUGAAGAGGGGGAAGUUAGAGGUAGUUGUGUAUCUGGGUCGGCAGAGAUCGAUUCAAAUUUUGGCUUGUGCGGGAUUUCUGUACCUGCUGCUGGUGACUUUGGAGGCUCCCUUCUUGUUCAAGAAGGGCCUCAGGGAUGGGACGGACGAGGGCUUCAAUGGCGGCUUCCUUAGCGACGGCUUGUCUCAGCAUUUUCAGCUCGAGAGCGCGGAGAACUUGGAAAGAAAAGAAGCCCCGGUUCGCCCAUUGACGAGAGUGUCCCACGGCUUGCUUCAGUCGCGGCCGGAGCACAAUCCCGAACGGCGUGUCGUCGCCGAGAACACUAUGGUUUCGGGUCUGGUGUUCGAGGAGGAAACAUUCAAUAGCAGCAGUAAGGACGGCUCUUCGCGGCUUCGGAAAGCAGCGGAGAUCGCCUGGAAACAGGGGAAGAAGCUCUGGGACGAGCUGAAAUCGGGAAAAAUCAAAAUUGAUGCUGUGAAGAGCUCUGAGAAUCGAACGGAGAAUUGCCCACAUUCUGUUUUUCUAUCAGGGUCGGAGUUCUUGGAGCGCGGGCGAGUCAUGAUGAUUCCGUGCGGAAUGACGCUGGGAUCGACCAUUGCGAUCGUCGGAAAACCGCGGCCAGCGCACUUGGAGAAGAACCCCAAGAUAUCUCUCUACAAGGCUGGUGAUAACUUGGCGACGAUUUCUCAGUUCAUGAUGGAGUUGCAGGGGUUGAAGACUGUGGAGGGCGAGGAUCCGCCAAGAAUUUUGCACUUCAAUCCGAGGUUGAAGGGUGAUUGGACCCGUAUGCCUGUAAUUGAGAUGAACACUUGUUAUAGGAUGCAGUGGGGUUCUGCGGUUCGAUGCGAUGGGUUUAAAUCUAAGGCUGAAGAAGAGCUCGUUGAUGGUCAGGUGAAAUGUGAGAAGUGGAUCCGCGGUGACGACAAUCAUACGGAGGAAUCAACAGCAACAUGGUGGUUAGAGAGGCUAAUUGGCCGGAAAAAGGAAGUGACCUUUAACUGGCCAUUCCCAUUUCAAGAGGACAAGCAUUUUGUCCUAACUCUUAGUGCUGGCUUGGAGGGUUAUCAUGUGAAUGUUGAUGGGAGGCAUGUUGCUUCUUUUCCUUACCGCACUGGAUUCACUCUGGAGGAUGCCACUGGGCUAUAUGUGAAUGGGGACAUUGAUGUCCAUUCUGUAUUCGCUGCUGCUUUGCCUACAUCUCACCCUAGUUUUGCCCCACAAAAACAUCUUGAGAUGUCAAACAGAUGGAAGGCACCUCCUGUUCGCAAUGGACCUGUGGAACUUUUUGUUGGUAUCCUUUCUGCAGGCCACCAUUUUGCGGAGCGGAUGGCUGUGAGGAAGUCUUGGAUGCAGCAUGAGCUUCUUAAAUCUUCAAAUGUGGUAGCUCGUUUCUUUGUAGCAAUUCAUGCAAGAAAGGAGAUCAAUGUGGAGUUAAAGAAAGAAGCAGAAUACUUUGGCGAUAUUGUUAUCGUACCUUACAUGGAUAACUAUGAUCUUGUUGUGUUGAAAACUGUUGCCAUCUGUGAAUAUGGGGUUCGCAAAGUCUCUGCAAAGUAUAUUAUGAAGUGCGAUGAUGACACAUUCGUUAAUCUGGAUGCAAUUAUCAGGGAAACAAAGUAUGUACCUGAUAAUACGACCGUUUAUUUUGGGAAUAUAAAUUACUACCAUAAGCCCCUGCGUGAUGGUAAAUGGGCUGUGACACAUGAGGAAUGGCCUGAAGAAGAUUACCCACCCUAUGCAAAUGGAGCAGGAUACCUUUUGUCCUCGGACAUUGCAGGCUUCAUUGUAUCCGAGUUUGAGAAACAUAAAUUAAGGAUUUUCAAGAUGGAGGACGUGAGCGUGGGGAUGUGGGUGGGGCAGUUCUACACAUUCAAAAUGGUAGAGUAUCUGCACAGUGCGAGGUUCUGCCAGUUUGGGUGCAUCGAGAAUUACUACACGGCGCAUUACCAGUCUCCAAGGCAGAUGAUCUGCCUGUGGAACAAGUUGCAGGAGGGGGGAAAUCCUGUUUGCUGCAACGGUUGAUGAUAAUUAUGGUGUCUGAGAUAAAUCGAACAGACAGAAACAAGUUUUGCAGGCAUAGCACCUAUGCUGUAUAUCGAGUCUGUCGAGGGUUGGAGUAGGCAUAUUAGGGCUUUCUGCUGCCCUUCAAAUUCAUUUAUUGUUGAUUCUCCGCUUUCCCUGCAUUUUUGUUUCAAUGGCUGGAGGGUGAUGAAGGGGGGAGGGGCAGGAGGAGGAGAUGAUGAAGGGGGGUUUGGUAAUACAUGGAGGAGCAUUCUGCAUACAAAUUUUAGGUCAUGUAUUCUAUGGUAGGACCAGAAGAGGACAGGAAUGAGUUGUGGUCGGAUUCAGAAUGCAAACAAUAAGAAGUUGACAAUGAGAAACAACUUUUUUUUUUUGGCCUUUUCUUUUGUGCACGAUUUGAAACCUUUUAGAUGCUUAUGACUUGAACAGCUUUCAAAGGACUUGAGGUCGCUUUUGUAAUCUCAAAUGUGAACGUUGUUUUUGAAUUUUGAAUGAAUGAACGUUUAGAAAGAAAAAGUUGGGGAAAUAA